AUGGCGGAGCCGCCGCACGGAGCCGCCGCUCCGCGGGGCCGCGCCGGGCAGCGCCGCGGCUCCGCGCACUUCGCUGGGGACGGCACGGAGCCCUCCGGCUCGGGCACGGAGCCCUCCGGCGCCGCUUUGAACGGCUCGGGCACGGAGCCCUCCGGCGCCGCUUUGAACGGCUCGGGCACGGAUGCCCCCGGCCCCGUUCACGACGGCUCGGGCACGGAGCCCCCCGGCCCGCAGGAGGACGCGGAGCCCCCCGGCCCGCAGGAACACACGGAGCCCCCCGGCCCGCAGGAACACGCGGAGCCCCCCGGCCCGCAGGAGGACGCGGAGCCCCCCGGCCCGCAGGAGGACGCGGCUCCCCCGGCGGGCGCGGAGCUGUCGCUGGUGCCGCCGGAGCUCCGCGCGCGGCUGCUGGACCGGCGGGACUACCGGGGCCGCGCGCAGGCCGUGGAGCAGCUGCGGCGGGCGCUGGAGGGCUGCAGCCCCGCCGCGCUGGGCGCCGCGCCCGCCGCCGCGCUGCUGGGGCUGAUCGCGCUGCUGGACGCGCUGCUGCACGACCCCAACUUCGCGGUGGCGCGGGGCGCGCUGGAGGCCACCCGGCUGCUGGCGCUGCGCCUCGGCCGCCGCGUCCCCGCCGUGCUGGCCCCGCUGGUGUGCGCGGCCGCCCGGGCGCUGGGGGACGCGCAGCCGGCCAUGCGGCGGGACGGCGGGCGGCUGCUGCUGCGGCUGAUGGCGGCGGCCGGCCCGCGGGCCGUGCUGCGCCUGCUGCUGCAGGAGCGGCUGCUGCGGCACCGCAGCGCCCGGCUCCGCGAGGAGCUGCUCAACACGUGCACCGCCGCGCUGCUCGCCUUCCCCGCCGCCGAGCUGGACCUGCCCCAGCUGGCGGCCGCGCUGGCGCCGGCGCUGCUGGACGCCAAGCGCCGGGUCCGGCACGCUGCCAUGGAGGCGUUCGCCGCGCUGGCCGCGGCCCCGGGCCCCGGCAACGCGGGCGCGCUGCUCCGCGCCCUGGACGCGGUGGAGCUGCGGGCCGGCGGCGCGGGGGUGGCGAGCGCCGUGCGGGCGCGGCUGGCCAGGAAGGUGCUGCCCCGGCUGGGCGAGCGGGCGCUCGUGGAGUACGGCGUGCCCUUGCCCUCCUCCGGCCGCUGCCGCGGGACCUGCCCGCCGCCCGGCGCCGACACCGAGUGGCUGCUGAUGGGCAGCAGGAGCCGGAGCGCGCACGGCCGCUGCGGGCACCCCGCCUGUGCCCCGCACGGCCCCGCCGGUGCCCGGCGCGGGGCGAGCCCCAGGAGAGUCCUGAGCGCCGGCAGAGCGCUCAGAAACAAGCUGCCCUGGGAGAACGAGCCGGCUGCGGACAGCGAAGGCGGCUCGGGGGUGAGGAUGCCCGUCACGAAGGGUGUGGAGCAGCUGGCUGAUGAUUUCCUGCACUCCCCGAGGCUGCAGCCCUCGCAGGGAAGCCCAGGCAGUGAGGAGCUGCUUUUCAGCAGGAGCAGAGCUUCCAGGGCUCUGUUGCAGCCCCGUGUGGAGCUGAACUCGGAGCUCUCUGCCCUUGGUGCUGGUGCUCUGGGCUCUCAGCAGCCCCAGAUUUCAGGGAAAUGUGGGACACUUGGAUACCCACAGGCACGUGGGAAGAGUGGCAGUGUGGGCUCUGAUCUGCAGUUUUUGGGACUGAGUAACUGUCAGCAGGACAAAGUUUGUUCCAGCCUCAGUUUUUCCAGCAAGACCCAGAGAAGUUUUUGCACUCAGGCAGAGCCCACCAUGUCCUUCCAAAGUCCCAGUGCCAGCCAGGGCACCUUCAUCCUGCCCUCCUUCCCCCUGUCAUCCCCCAGGAACAGCCCCAAGCACCUCUCAGCUCCUGCUGCCCCUGCAGGGAAGUCCCAGGAGGAUCCCAGGAGCCUCUCCAGUUCCUGGCCUCUCAAAAGCUUCCAGGGGCUGCCUAAGCCUGGUUGCCAGAAGCAGCUGCUCCGCCAAAAGCCAGGAGACAACACAGGUGGGAACAUUCUCCAUGUGAUAAAAAGGGAUUUGGGGGUUGUGUUUUGA